CAGCUCGUAAACGUUAUCAUUGUCGGACGGAUUCGCGUCCUCGGUUUCCCGGGUACACCUACUCGAUGGCACGUUUUUGUUGUGGUCGCGAUACGGGUACAUGCGAAUGGUAUGAGCAUUUGUGUUAUUGAAAGUGUUUUGAGAGUAAAGAGCAGUGAAUUUGUUACAAACAAAUGUUUUUUUGUGCAGAUAUUACUUUGAUGGAUAUAGAAAGUGAAGAUCCUAACUCGUGCUAUUUAUAGUCCGCGCAGAAUGUGAAGUGUUUUCGUUUCUUGUUCUACACAUAUGUUAUUCAACGGUAUGCAGUUCUCACCUCUGUUUGAAUAGUUUAUGCAAUUACAGCUCCCAUCGGAUACAGUUGCAACAUCACCUCUGCAUUGGACAACCGCAUACUAGCGAGCGCAUCAUUCGUUCGCCCAUGUCAUCUCAUUAGAACCAUGCGAGUAUUUGCUAGACUUUUCAUAAAAAUUAAACACACGCAAAACAUUAUCCGACAGUUAUGUUGUUGUGAAGAACAGUUUCAUCAAUCAAUAUCAAUGGAUUACUGUAGUGCAAUUAUGCAGAGACAUAAAAUAUGACUCUUGCUGUAUCGUAGUAUUGAUCAUGUAGUGGAUUAGAAAAAAGAAGUCCAACUGAACCGAGACUAUCCCAUAGAACCAAACAACCAACCAGCAACGGCAAAAAUUCUAAAGGUGUCCAAGGAGAUGAAUUCAAUCUGGCGUGUGAUAGUAUUUCUAAUAAUACUAUGGCGAAUUUGCUACAAUAACAAUCUCUUGGUCCACGGCUGUCCUCUGGAGUGUAUCUGUCUAUCACAAACACAGGUCAUGUGCAACACUGGCGCUCUGCGUGAGAUACCAUUGAAAGCCAUCCCUGUCACGGUAGAGCAACUGUCACUCACCAAAAACUACUUCCCAAUCAUCAAAAGUGAUGCAUUUGGAGGAUUGAGAGCGUUACGAAAGCUGUCACUCGAUGGCAAUAACAUCACCACUAUUAAACCAUUUGCUUUCCGUGGUCUACCACGGCUGCGAGAUCUCUCGAUCCAGCAUACACCUCUGGCAACGGUUGCCUCAUUUGCCUUUGCCGGGCUGCAGAACGUCUCGCAGAUACAGCUGUCACACAACAAAAUCCUACGCAUCGAAGGGUACGCAUUUGCCGGGGCCGUCAACAUUCGACAGAUACAUCUCGCCGACAACCCAACCGUAACGAUCGAGACGAACGCAUUCUCCAGCCUUAGCAACGUCGAUCGACUCAUCCUACCGUCGGGUAUACGUGUGAUCGAGCCGGACGCUUUCUAUGGACUUGAAACGGUUGGCUAUCUGAAGCUUUCUUUCAUGGAUCUUGCCUCCCUGGAGCCGUACACAUUCCGGGGCCUGACGCACGUCAAACUGCUCUCCCUGCAAGAAUCUGAUCUAGGUAUCAUACGAGCUGGCGCCUUUGAGGGUCUUGUGCAGGUCGAGUUACUCAACAUACUCAACAACAAAAUUGAUGCCAUUCAGGAGCUCAACAUUACUGCGGCCAAUAGAAUUAGGGUGCUUCGGAUACAGGGUAACCAUCUGCUCGAAACUCCCGAAAGUGGCUCGAUCGUGCUUGAGGGCAUCGAUACACUGCAUGUAAAUAGUAACUACUUUCCGUGCGGAUGUCACAUCCACACGCUCCUAGAUAGUCCCCUCGCAAACGGUACUUACUUGUCACACAGUGGGGCUCCCGCCGGUGACUUCCUCUCCAAGAACUACUGCAUCUCCCCGCUCGAGGUUAAUGGGAUGCCUAUGAGCUCAAUCGAUAUAUACUCAAUCGGGCGCUGUCUUGAACAGGUUACACGAGAAAAUCUCGAAGCAGCCAACUCAGUCAUAUCAACUAUGCUGCGGAGACAGUCUUGGAACAGGUGGCUGCAGUGGCGAAGUAAACAUAGUAAGCGAUCUCAAGAGACGACACUUAUUUCAGCUGUCUCGUCGGCUGUGCGGUUUCUGGCGGCAUCGCCUAUCAUAGCAAUUAAGUUUGUAGUAUACUUAAAAAAUUUUAACAUAAAAAUCAGUUGAACUUUACCUUUUUGGUGUCAGUUAGUAAGAUAUUUUUUUAUGAAAUCAGAACUAUUCGAUUUCUUCUUAUUCGGUUCCGAAGACGUAAAUCUGUAUACUAUAAAGUCGGAUACUGUAAAUCUAGAAUAACUAAUUACAGAGAGAGAGAGAGAGAGAGAGAGAGAGAGAGAGAGAGAGAGAGAGAGAGAGAGAGAGAGCUAAUAGAGUAACUGCAUUAUUAGUUAGACUUGUUUGCAUUUAGCGAGUUCAUUUUAUUUAACAACUAAUUUAAUUUAUGAGAGGAAAUUAAUAAAUUGAUAAAAUAAUAAAUUAAUAGAUGCUUACAUGAUUUGUUUGUUUCAUUUCCCACUUCUGCUUCUGUUGUAAAAUCCACUAUACAAAUAUGAUGUGCAUAUCAUCCGAGCAAACCAUAUAUAAUAAACAAUGAAAUGCUUCACUCGAAAACGCCUUUUUAUGAUGUUUUGCCCCAACAUAGGAUAACAUAAUCAAUAAUAAUCUUUUCAAUAACUAACCCGAUAUUUUUAAAAUAUGAAUAUAUAAUUUACAUUCUAUCAAAAUAAUUGUUUUAUUUUUGUUUCGUUUCACUUUAAAAAUGCCUAUGCUACACAAUGCUAGCCUAUGUUGCUGACAAGAUUCCUUCUUCAAUGCCCAUCUUUGCAAGAAUUUUGUGGUUUCUACCGUCAAAUAUACUUUAUGGUAGUUCAAGGAGUUUCUGUUAGAAAGUUGAAAAUAAAAUACUGUUCUACAUUGAGCCCAAAGUAUCAACUGUAUUUUUUUUCUUAUUUUUUUCUUUGACGCAAAAAACGCAGUCGGACAAGCACUAUCAUUGCUACUGAUGGUCUUAGCUCUCAGUGACAUAAUUUAUUACCCAUUGAAAAAUAACCUGCAAAAUACUACGAGAGACACGGUCCAUACGAGGCUUGAUGUGAUGGCAUGUUGUUAAGUCGAGCGAGUUGACGUUGUAUCACGGGACCGACUCAUCUGUUGUCAAUUAGCUUUAUGAAAACUACUCAAGAUACAACCAUGUACCACGUUGUGCAUCAUCUAAAAAUGAUUUCGUUACCCUACGUUCAAUUCAAUCGGUCUAAUUACGAACGUGGUUUUGGGAACAGUAAUAUUUAAUAACAAUGUAUAUCUACAUAGAAGCAAGACCAAUGCGAUAUCGUUUGAACGCUUAUCGCAAUCAAAUUAUUAUGAUUAGUGGGAGUAGUUUUCCAACCGUCAGUAUAAUAUGUUUGUAAAUAUUAUAAAAUAAGACGGUAACAUUUAUGUAUAUUAAAAAAAUAGUAAAAUUCUAAAACGCAUGCAAUUCAGCCCCAUCACUGACAGUCCAUCUCUGAAGUUUGACAAUGACCGUUAUGUUUUACGAAUCUAGGAAGAUCAAGAUAAAUUGUAAUAAUUUAGUCAAGAAAAUUUGAAAAAUCAUCCAACUCCAGUUAUACUAUCGCAGGCAGCAAAGAAACUAUUCUAAGUAAAAGGAAAAGAAAACCACAGCUUGCAAACGAUGAAGAUAUAAAAACAUAGUCUAGUCGUUUUGGGCUGAAACUGGUUAUGCAAACAAGCAUAAUCUUAAAUGAAACAAAAUACAACCCAUUAUUGAAUUGUUUUAACACGACAUAAGUUGUAUAUUUUGGCUUAAAAUGUUAGGUAAAACAUAUGCAUAUCUUAACAAUAAGCCAGCAUAUCAACAAAUAAAUAAAGCGCUCAAUAUAUACCAUACGAUUUAAAAAAAAAACUUGU